AUGGCUGGCAUGGUAAACAAUCGUUUGGCAGAAGCCAGCUACCUAGGUGGUGAUGCGCCGUGUCCUGCAGCCUUGUGUAUAGCUCCUACACGUGAACUGGCUUCUCAAAUCUUUACUGAAGCUCUAAAGUUCUCCACUGGUACAUAUCUACGUCCUGUUGUCUGCUAUGGUGGUGUGAGUGUGGCACAUCAGUUGUCGAGACUGGAACGUGGUUGUCAUAUUCUCAUUGGAACUCCUGGUCGUUUACUCGACUUUGCUGGACGAAAUAGAGUGAGUGGUUCUUUUUUGGGUUUUAGUUCGUUCAAAAAUCUAACUCCAGUAGUUUGA